AUGACUACAACCCUGUGGAAUUACCAGCUUCCUCCACCAAAGAAUAUACUCCACCCAACAAAAAAAGUGCAGUUCCAAAAGCCUGCUGAAGCUCAACCUGCUCCUCCCAAGGAACCCCCAAAGGAGAAAGCCCCCAAGAAAACCUAUGUGGAAAGACCUCUUACCAAUCAAUUCCCAGAUGCUGAAGACAAAGUAGUAAGCAGAAUGCUCAUGGAUGGCAGAAUGGAAUUAUCCUAUGGUGACAUCUUUGCUAUUUCCAAUGGAGCUGUUGAAGCCUUUAAAAAGAAAAUCAGCCCAAAAAGAAUUCCCUUGGAACCCACUAAAUCCACAAACACUGGAGGCCUGGAUCAAGAAACAGAAGAAGAGGACCAGCCUACUGAAGAAUCCAGUCAUUAUGCCUGCCCCUUAGGUUAUAUUGAUGUCAGCAUUAAUGGAAAACAAUUUCAAGCACUCCUGGACAAUGGAUCUCAAGUCAACUUACUUCCCAGAGACCUAGCAGCAAGAAUGGGCCUCAUAAUUACCCAAGGAGCCAUGAAUCUUAAAGGAAUAGGUGGCCACAAGAAUGAAAUCUUGGGAGUAGCUGAAAAUGUCCCAGUCAAGGGGAAGUUCAACCAAUCCUGGCCUCUGGCACCUCCCACAAGUGAAGACUUGGGAGGUGCCUAA